AUGGACACGAACGCAUCAUGGCCCUCCCAGAGCUGGAGGGGAAUCAUAUCGUUAGGAAUACCAUCAUCCUAUUCAAUGUCCAGCUCCGCCUUCCAUUGGUUUGCUCUCUUGCUUAUGGCUUCUAUGGUCGCUGUAUCGCCGCCCGUUCGAAGCAUGUUCCAGUCAGUUGAGAUAUAUCCCGUCAUCAAUAAGACAAAAGAAGAAUACUUGAAAGACGGCAAAGGGAUCAUUGAGAGGGGCAUGAAGGAUUAUGGCGGGAAGCCCUUCCGGGUGUACACUGGACAGGGCACACUUACGGUGUUGGCGCCCAAGUUUGCAAUGGAGAUUCGGAAUGACAAUCGACUGAGCUCAACUGAGUUCUUGCUGGCUUAUUGGCAAGCUGGUACACCCGGAUUCGAACCGUAUUUUAGUUCGGGGAGUGAGCUUGUUCGUGAGAUGAUCAGAUCUCAUUUGGCACAGAGCGAUAUUGCUAAGUUAUGUGAACCGUUAUCUCAAGAGGCAAGCGACGCGUUGCGGGAUGUUUUGACUGACUCCGAAGAAUGGCACGAAAUCACGCUUGCUUCAACCAUCCCACAAAUCGUUGCCCGUGUUUCAGCUCUGGUGUUUCUUGGUCCCGAACUCUGCCGCGAUCCUCGCUGGCUUGAUAUUACCAUCAAUUACCCCAGAAAGGCUAUGGCUGCCGCCAAGGUCUUACGCUCUUAUCCAUCGCUCAUACGGCGCUUUGUGCAUUGGUUUCUUCCUUGCUGCCGCGAGCUCCGUGAAAUGCUCCGCACGGCGCGUGCGGCCAUUGCACCGAUUCAGGAGCAGCAGCGCGAGCAAGAAAAGCACGGCGCCAUCUUCAAUAACACCCUAUCUUGGAUCGAGAAGCUUGCGAAGAAGCAGCAGGAUAAGACUGCACAGAACGCCGCGUUUCAGCAGCUUGGGCUAUCGAUAUUGGCGAACGCGUCCAGUACAGAUCUGGUUUCCCAAAACAUUCUGGAUCUAUGCCACAACUCUGAAAUAAUCGAGCCGCUACGGGAAGAGGCUGCGAUGGUUACUAGGGAUGGAUGGAAGAGUUCCUCUCUUUACAAGCUCAGGCUUAUGGAUAGUGUGCUCAAGGAAACUCUUCGGCUAAAGCCUAUUGCCACUGGUUUGUUUCUAUCAUCUUUCUUGGAGAAUUUGCGCUGA